AUGGCAAAAAAAAUUAGAAGCGAUAAAAAAAGUACAAUUUGUGAACGUUGUGGAUAUACAUGUGCAACCCCACAAAAACUUCUACAACAUUUAAACCGAAAGAACCCAUGCAGACCACAAAAUUCUACACCUAACCCCGAAAUAAUUACCAAUUCAAAGCCCAUUCAGGUUUUACAACCCUGUGAGAUAAAAAAUCUUAAUGAUAGAAGGUCAGGUGAGUCUGUUAAGCAAUGGGGGUCAAGAUUACGAAAAAGAUAUAAAAAAGUAACUUAUCAGGAUUAUGAACAACCAAAAACUUUAGCAGAAUGUAAACGUCUUUAUAAUGAUUUAAUUCAAAUCGAUCCAAAUGCAUUUAGUGGUACUCCAGAACAUGAAGAAAACGAUUUAUUCUUACAAGAACAAAAUGCUAACAAUAAUAGCGAAGCUGAAUCUUUAGAUAAACAGUCUGAAAUAGCAAUGCUAGAACGGUUAAAUCUACUAAAUGAUGAAUUUCAACGUCUAAGUAAUAUUACAGAAGAAAAUGGAGAAAAUAUAAUAUUUCGAGAACAACAGUUAGGCCCUGCUCUUAAAAGACGGGCUGUAGCCGUGCAUAAUGCCAAAGUACCUAGAUUUAAUCCAAAUAAUGGGAGCGAUAUAAGAAAAAUGCUAGAGAGCCAAAGAAAACCAUUACGGGAUUUACUUGAAAAAGAAUUUGAUAAGCGUGGACAAUUCAAAUUUGCAUUAUGCUCACUUUUAAAAUUUAUAGUAGAUAAAAAACCAGGAGAUAAUGAGGAGGUAGACAAGAAAAAUUCUACAAGAAGGGAUUGGCUAAGAAAUAAGCAAAUUAUAGUAUAUAAUCGGGCUGAAAUAGAUGAUUAUUUAAGUAAUGCUUUCGAACAAAUUAUAUAUCAAGUUGAGGAAAGAGGCGGAAAAUCUAAUUCUUAA